UAAGGAUGUGCGUCUACCAGUUCAGUUGCAACGUGCUAUGGCUGCAGAAGCCGAGGCCUCUAGAGAAGCCAGAGCCAAGGUGAUCGCAGCUGAGGGAGAACACAAGGCCGCCCGUGCUCUGAAAGAAGCUGCGGAAGUGAUUGUCCAAUCACCAGCAGCCAUUCAGCUCCGUUAUCUCCAGACCCUUAAUACAAUAUCUGCAGAGAAAAACUCCACGAUCAUAUUCCCAUUGCCCAUUGAUUUUAUAUCCCAAUUUUAUAACAAUUCACAAGCCCCAGCUCCACCACGCCCGACAAAAGCCCCUCUGUCGCAGCCAGUCAUUGAACUGAACGAAUCCUGAAUUGUUGAAUCAGAUUCAAACAUUUAGGCACAAUUCGUGGAACAGAUCAUUGGAUUGUGAAGCAUGAGUGAUAGACUGUUUGAUUUAGACUGUUUCCUUGGAAACUACAACUCAGAUUUUGGCACAACGGCUACUUUUGAGAGUUCAACUCAUUGUGAAUAAAGGCUUUGUGUCAAUCUUGUUCCCGAUGUUAUUGUUAAAACAUGUUAACUAAUGCAUGUUGUAAAAUAAUUGGAGAAUUCAAAUGAAUGAUGUACUUUAAGGAUGAGUUAUCUAGUCAAAAAACAUUAUUAGAGAUAUAUGCAUGGUGUCAGCGUAAAGCAAAUUACAGUGAAACCUGUUGGAACACCUUUAGAAGCGGAACACCUCUUAAGGUUCUCACCAGGAAAUUUUUAGAUUUUUCGCGAUAUUUAGACUUCUCCUCCCCGUGUGAGAUCAGAGAUAUCCUAUUAGUAUACUUUUCAGAAUACUACUUAAGAUUAUUCCCUAUUUUAAUCACAA